UGACCUCUGAAGCUGUCAAUGAGAUGGAGCAGAGCAAUUCUACCAGGAGCAGAGCAACCUCAGUGAUGGAAACCACAGAAGAGGGAAAGCUCAACAAUGUGGAACAUCUGACACUUAUGGACUUCCUUCAAAACCUAACUGAGAAGCAAUGGAGGGGGAUUCGUGAGGGUAUGUUUGACCCGCUGACAAAACAACAGCUUGCCGGCUUGUGUCUGAGGAUUGUCCAGUUUUUAUCGGACAAGCUGAUGCAGAUCAUCAUCCCAGGUCUUUACGAACUACUGGGCAUCCAAGAUGCUGCCUCUUCUCCAUUGUCACAGAGAUCUCUCACAGCGUCACUCACCAGUCUGUUAGACGAUAAGACUAACACCAAGUCCCGCGUGAGAUUUACUGAGGCUGGUGUACCUAAGAGGCCAGGCAGUCGAAAGUCUUACAAUAGCUUUCGCAUCCCGACUCCCUACCCUUCCUCCAACUGUAUGGAGCAGGAAGAGGAAGAAGAACAGGAAUCACAACUUAAGUUCAAGGAGAUUUACCUGACUAAGGGCAGUCUGGGCAGUGGAAGCUACCUGCCCAAGGGGGCCAUGAGGACUCUAACCUCUCUGUCUGAUGUGCAGAAGAAAACAACCAACUCUGAGACGCUACAAGUCCUCUUAGGUGUCUCAGAGGACACCCUUGUCACCUGUGUACAGGACAGCCUGCAAGAUUCUCUCUCCAAACUUGCUUUAUGA